AUGGUUCUAGGAAUCACAAAACUUCUUUGGUCGAGCGGCAACUUUGCUGGUCACUCGCGGAAACGACUCAAUGCCUACAAUGCAUGGAUGAUAUUGUUUGUGUCUGUUGGCUCCCUCACUUAUGGUUAUACUGCAAAUGUUAUCAGCGCGACUCUCGCGCAGCCAACAUUCAUCACCUACAUGCAUCUCGACACUCGACCAGAUGCCACGGCUCUUCUCUCGGCCACCAAUGGAGUAUUCCAAACAGGCGGCGUGCUCGGAACACUCACCCUACCGUUCUUCAGCGACAAGUUCGGCAGGAAAGGUGGUCUCGCAAUUAGUGCGAUAUUGUGCAUCGUCUCUGGUGCUGUCCUCGCCGGUAGCGUCAACAUGAGCAUGUUCCUCGCAUUUCGUUUUUUCGCCGGAGCAGGCGCAUUCAUGAUCCUCGCCGCGGUGCCUAUCUGGAUGGCUGAGGUCGUCCCGCCCUACCUGCGAGGUGCGCUGGUGCAGCUCCACGCUGUCGUUCUCGUCAUCGGGUACAUGUGCGCCUCUUGGCUUGGAUUUGGUAUCUUUCAUUGGGAAAACGGCGGAUCUGCCACAUGGCGGAUUCCCUUCGCGGUCCAGUGUUUCUUCCCGCUGUGCUUGCUGGUGGGACUGUACUGGUGCCCUGAGAGUCCUCGCUGGCUUAUUCUCAAGGGACGGACCGAGGAAGCGCGAGAGCUUCUGCUGCGUUUGCACGAUGAUCCGGACGAUCCACAUCACACCUUUGCUCGCACAGAAUAUCUCCAGAUCACCAAACAGCUCGCCAUUGACCGUACCUUACCGAGCAGUUGGUUGCACAUUAUGAAGAAGCCAUCCUUGCGCAAACGUGCCCUCAUCACCAUGGGCACCACUGGUUUUAUCCAGUGCUCCGGCAUUCUCGUUGUCAAUAAUUACGGUCCGCUAUUAUACAAGAACCUGGGCUAUGACACGGCCACGCAACUCUUGUAUGGCGCGGCUUGGCUCACCUUUGCGCUGGGACUUGACCUGAUUGCCUGUUUCCUCAACGACCAUUUCCCACGCAACAAGUUCCUUGCCACCGGCGUUCUCGGAUGCAUGAUUGACUUGUCCGUCGUGGCCGCCAUCGACGCCAACGUGCAGAAAUUCAUCGCCGACGGCAACACCGGCGCCCUUAAGGCCGGUGUCGCGUUCCUCUUCCUCAUCGAGGUGCCCUACGACUUCUUCCUGAACGGCAUGCAGUUCAUCUACAUCAGCGAAGUCUGGCCCAUGCACCUGCGCGCCAAGGGCAUGAGUCUGGGCGUGGCCAUGAUCUCGCUCAUGAACAUCGUCUGGCUCCAGUCCGCCCCGAUCGCCUUCCAAAACAUUGGGUGGUAUUUCUACCUCUGCUUCAUCAUCCCGGGGACCAUCGGUGCCGUCAUCAUGUGGUUCUUCUUCCCGGACACGCUGGGUCUGCCCCUGGAAGAAGUCGCCGCCAUCUUCGGCGAUCACGAAGAGGUCGCGGGCUACAUGCGCGACAUUCACAUUACGGACGACGAGAUCGACCAUGUCGAGGGCUUUGGAUCGGCUGUCGAGGGUGAGAAGAGCGGCGCCACUGCCCAGAAAAUAGAACAUGCAGCCUAG